AACAAACUCAUUGGUAUGUUGCAACAGGAAGCCUUGGUAUCAAAGAGCAUUGGAGGUCAAAACCCCACGGAAAAUCACCUCUCCGAAAUCUCCUGAGAUUCCAUUGCCAUACCCGAUGAUCUUAAACAAAAAUCUUUCCUCUACCACACCCGAAAGACAAAAGCUUAGAAAGUCAACUUCAUUAAAGGUUGCCAUCUCAUUUACCCGCGUUUGCCUGUGUGCCCCUAUAUCUUCAUACACCGAUGUUGUUUUCCAUGCUGGCAUGCCACCUAGAAGAAGCAACACAUACCCGCGAUCCAAACCAUUUCCAAACUGCAUACAAGACUGCGCAACUGCAAGAACGAGCACAGACGGAAGGAGGAUAUUUAGAGGGAAGUCGUUAACAGAUGAUGUUUUGAUGAGGAGAUUUCUAGUCGAAGAGGAUGCGAUGAUGAAAGAAAGAAGGCGAAAUGAGAUGGAAGUUAUGAGGAAGAGAAAUGCUAAAAGAAGGAGAAAGCUAGGUCCAAGCCCUUUAAGCAGAAUGGUUUUGGCAGAAGAGGAUGAUGCAUUACAAAACAGACUCAAUCCGUAGAAAAUUCGACAACUGUGCACUGGUUACUUCUGUCUACAUUGUCACCUGGUUCUUUGUUUCACAUUAGUAGUUGGUUUUCCUUUUACAAAUUGCUACAAUCAUUUUGUUUACAACUUGAAAAGCUUUUUGAGAAGAUCUGGCAUAUAAACAUGGUAUUAAACUGUUGGGAUUCAAUGAUGUCAAUUUUAUUUUAUUUUUAUCAA